AUGUUAUCGUGGUGGGUUUUUUUUUUUUUAUAUGUAUUAAAAAUGAGGAAGAAGAAGAGAAAGAUUACGCAGGAGGAUGAAGAAGUUGGUAGACGGAUAUGUAACGAUAGGGAUAAUCAAGAGAGAGUGGCUUUGACCUGGCCCAUGGAACUCACCCCUCGAGGAACCGGGAGCUUUCUUGGGUUUUUUUAUGGAGUCGUGAGAACCAUAGUAUGUAAGGGGGAAAAAGAAAAGAAAAAGAAAAGAAAAGAAUUGCCGUUUCGCCCAACUUCGCUCGUUCAACUUAUUUUUUUUGACAGGUUCAUCCCACUACGUUUGGAGUCAUUUCGCUCAGGGAUAGCCAUCGUUCCGAUACGCAGACAAACAGUCAUGGCGCAACCAUCAACAGCUGCCGGUGAUGCUACGAAAGCAGCACCGAAGAUGACGAAGCGCAAACGGAUCGAGGAUACGGCUGCGGAGGUGGUGCAGGAUGCAGUGCGCGAGAAGAAACCACGAACGGCGAGGAAGAGAGCAGCCACCCCAGAAAACUCGGAGUCGAUAGAGAUCGUGUCCGCAGUGGUGACUAUGUCAGACCUCUGCCGUGACCUGCGCACAGGGAAAACCUCCAAACGCGAAAUGGAGCUGAGAACAAUGGAUUGGGCUGAAAUAGCGAGGAAGAAGAAAGAGAGAGAAGAAAGAAAGAAAGGUGCCGGUGAAGACCAAGGCGCCAAGAGAGAUUGUACGGGCUCCUCGAAGCCUGCAGAGAAAAUGAUGCGCCGGUCAACCGAAGUUGCUGGUCCACAGAUGAGAAUUGUCAACGGAGAGAUUGUGCUGGACACGUCUUCGCUGCAGAUCGAUCGCCAUGCAGAUGCGGACAGAAAUGCAGACGAUAUGGAAGAAGUUGAAGAAAACCCACUCACACGACGUAUAAACGCAGCAUCGUUCGGGAAACGGACCAAGCUCGAAACCUGGGACGAAGCGGCUACGGAUCUAUUUUAUAAAGGGCUGAGGAUGUUUGGUACUGACUUUAUGAUGAUCAGCAAAAUGUUCCCUGGCCGGACGAGGCGACAUAUAAAGCUGAAAUUCUCCAAUGAAGAACGGCGGGAACCAGAGCGGAUUAAGAGGACGCUAUUGGGUCCGAGGGAGCCGGUUGAUUUGACGAAUACAGUCUAUGACGACCCUAGAGCCAUACAGAAGGAGCUAGAUGAGGAGAAGAGGAGAAUCGAGAAUGAGCAUGCUGAAGAGCAGAUGGCGCGUGAAGAACAGCUUCGGAACCCUGGCGGGAAGUCUGGUGAUAAUGUAAUACCCAGUAUUGAGAAUGAAACUCCCGAUGCCCGUAGACGGCGGGAGAAGAAAAAGGCCGAAAAGGCGAAAUUCGGAGGAGGUACAGAGGAGAUUCUUGGCUCCAUCGACGAUUGA